AUGGCCCUCAAACUAGACCCGACGAACGAAAGUAUCAAGGCAAGGCUGCAGCUACUGCAGAACAAGCCAGCGAACGGAGCCCCACUAAGACAGGCGCCCAGCCCCUGGCAGAAGCAUCAGCCGCCAUAUCCGCCGCACCCUGAGCAGGCUGGUCCAAACGGCCCUGAGCCUGGUCCGAACGGCCCUGAGCCUGGUGUCCCCGAGCCUGGUGUCCCCCUUGCUCUCUAUCCGGACAUGCCUUCCGAUCCUUCAAUGCACCGCGACCACAACCCGCGCUCGCCGUCGGUCGGUCUUAAGCGUAGACCAGAAUGGGACGACAAGAGACAAGGCCUGUCUUUUAUGCAGCAUGGCCCGUCUCUGAUGCGAAAUCUCAUCCACGACGGUCCUGGACCUCAGCCAGGCCCCGUUCCAAAGGAAUACCCCCCUGCGCCCGAGGAAAAGCGGAUGGAGCAUCCCCCUCUCACCUGCCCAUCAUCAACGAGCCCGAAUGUGCCGCUCGUAAAAUGGAGCUUGACGAAGACUAUGAUGAGAGUGGUGAGGAAGAUUAGCAGGGGCUGUUUCUGGGCCUACUUCGGGCCUAGGGUCCGCCACGGGCGAGAAGAAUGGGACCCCGACGAGCGCGAGCAUCAACGGUAUAAUGGGCACCACAUCUACGCUCGACGCCUUCCAAGCACUACAUACACGCUCAAGAUCAUCUUCAACGCCCGAUCCACUGUCUAUACGCUCAAGAUCAUCUUCAACGCCCGAUCCACCACCUGA